GAGCCAUGUCCAAGAGCCAUUUGUGCUCCAGUUUCGCACGAACCUGCCUGCCAUGUCUCUCCAGUGCCAAGGGACGUUCCUCCACUUCGUGGAGGAGAGUGGUUCAAGUCGAAGGACGCAGAGCGAAUCACCGACGCCCAAGAGUGAUGCGAGCAUGGAUUGGCUUUUGUGUGAGACGGCUGACACCUUCUUAUGGGACCUGGAAGCCCCCAUGUCACUUGGAAGCACUGGGCAUCCAUGGUUUUGUGCACCUCCCUGCGUCUACACCUUCUAUGGGAAAUGCAGCAGGGCUGCUUGGUGCCAGUAUUGCCACUUGGAACAUCCAGAAGCAAAGCGGAAGCUCAGCAAGAGCGAAAGGCUUUUGAUGAAUUCCCUCGAUGAAUCCAUGGCGCUCUCUGUCGUGCUGUGGCACAUCCGGAGACAGAGCCAAAAGGCCAAUCUCUACCAAGAAUUGAGGCUCUUGCUGGCGGUGAUUCAGCGCCGGGUCAAUUUGCUCGGAGGAGGGCGUGUUUGCCAGAAGACCCUGGCAGCAACCAAGACCCUGCGAGCACUCAGCCUGGGGCGUUUAUUCGAUGUGAUCCAACAGAGCGGCCAAGUGGAUCCAGAUUUCAAGAAGGAACUCCAGGAUUUGGUUCAGAAGCUGCGGCCGCAGCUCGUGAGCCGUGGGUGAACCGGUUUGGGUGAGCUCGCUCCGUGAGGGGUUUUCACCAGGGUCGUGAACCCCGCAGCGUGAGGUGAAUAACCGUUCGUUUGCGUGUGUUUGAAGGUUGCAGAGGACUGAGGGUUCGAAAAAGGCC